AUGAAUGUCAAUACCACAAUGAAGUCUGUUUGCGUACCCCCACGUUGUGGAGUUUGCCGUUUUGAGAUCCAACACGGCGACAGCAUCGUUGCAGUGCGGCCGCUCGACUCCGAACGAUCUCAGCCUUACAAGCAUAGUAUUGUGGGCUUUACCGACAGCGACCCGGACAUGGAGUUUUUCGAGUGCUGUGGCAGAUGCCAUCAUGAUGAGCAAAGAGUUGGCUAUCAUGUUGAAUGUAUUAGUGGCAUAUCCAACGCAACACUAUCAAAAAUUCUCGAGACAACUGCAUCUGCAUACGACCCCCCCGUAAUUGCCCAACAAAGACGCAUUCGAUGGUUUCAGUCCCGUUUAGCUACAAUCCUCAAAACAGCAACCCGCCAUAUUCUCCAUUUACCGGAGGAAGUUCGUAACAUCAUCGCCAAAUGGGCCUUGGACUCUCGCAUUACCCGUCAUCGUUUGGCCACCGAUUAUGCUAUCAAAAGAUGCACGGGGGAAAUGGGCGUCGUGUCGUCCGGGUUGUCCGUCAAGAUUUGCGAGAAGAUUUAUGCAAGAUAUGUCGAUUUCGAGGGUGUCCAAUACAUUGCCUACUUGACGAAUACAGCCAGCGACGAGAGAGACAUCAUCCUGUUCGAUCCAAGUUCACCAACAUCCAUCGACAGCUUGUAUAUUUCAAGUGAUCAUCUAGGCGUCCGACAGCUGUUGUUUGCCUGUUCCUCAGAACAGUGCACCAUCGAACAAGCAGUAGGUAUUUGGUGGAGAACAGUGAAACUGGAAAGCCUCGGUGGUCUUAUCCGGUCUCGUAGUGAUGGAUUGAAACUGCGCGAUCUCCAUGGUGCAAAUACUGUGUUGUCCGAUGUCUUUUGGGAUCUUCCACAGUUUCCACCCAGGCAUAUUCGGUUUGAAAGCCUAUGCAAUGCAGAACCAGGCGAUCACAUGUCGACAGUAUCUUGUAACGAUCCACAGAACACGGCCUAUUCUCUCUGCUGGAAUCGAAAAAUUGUGAUGCUACAUUCACACCGAGCCGAGGAGAAUCUCGACUUUUAUCAAUACAUGCGAACCACGGACGAAACUGCCUUGUGGUUGUACAUGCCAAUGCAUGCGGAUGAGAUACUGACUGAAAUUUGGAGAUUCAAUGGUCCAUUCAAAAGUGCUAUUGCUCUACUAUUGGUGACGAAUCAGGGACGCUCGAUCUUUCUAGGGGUGCAGCCUCGCACAAACUGGAGCCGUUCCGACUACACUCUUCUUGACCUACCUAGCAAAAGCUCGAGCCGUAUUUACGCUGAGACGACAACAUUUGGUGUACGAAGUUUAGGCUUCGAGACGCCCCGACCUAAUCCCCAAGAUCGAAUACCCAGAGUUGAUUGGCCAAUCUCGUCAUAUCCGAUAUUUCGCCCUCAUGAGAACUUUGCCUGGAACAGAGCCAAACUCAGUGACGUAGUUCAGUUUGUCCCAUGCUACGGCAAUAUCCACCGAAAAACUAUCAUCAUUGGACUCUUGCUCCAUUAUACCGACGGCAAAACAGCUUGUGUUGGUCAAAUCAGACUCGAUCGCUUAGGAGAUGCUUUAAGUAUUCAUUCUGUUCGGAAACUUUGGCUAGGUUUUUGGCUGACGGACGACGGACCUUGUGUAUCGCAUGCUGUCUUGGCCCCAGAACAGCCCACGCUGCUAGAUUGCGAGAGUUGGUUCGGGGUGGACUGGUGUGGCGACCUUGAAUGGUGGUUUUCUAACCGACAGUGUCAGCUAUUUUACCAAGGGCGGCUCAGUCCAAGAACAACCAUGUUCGGGAGGAGCAGAGUAUGA